CUCUCUGCAAGGUAUGCAUACUCGUCGCACAAUAUGGCCCUGCCCUGCCCUGCCCUGCUUGCUGCUCCUUUAUCCUUCUUCCGUCGCUGGAGAAAACCAGCGGAUGCAUGGUUGUGACGAAGAACGAACCGACUGCCCAGCCAGCCCACCACCUUUCCAUCCGUCCGUCUCUGCCCUCAGGGUGGCAUGUCGCCGGCCUGCCUACUUACCUACUUACUUGCUUGCUCGACUUCUACUACUUUGCACUACUGUCAAUACCAAGCUCCAACAGGUACUUUCACCCAAGGUAGGCGAGUUGGCCAAGAUGCUACUUGCUUGCUUGCUUGCCCGGUACCUGUGCCGUCCUCGGUACGUACCGACCGUACAGGCUGUGAUAAGUCCGAUAAGUCCAGUCAGCAGCCUACCUACCUAGGCCGGCACCUACCUACUAUGCAGUUAGGGAGUCCUCCCAGAGUACGUACUAUAUAUCGCCCACCUACCUCUCCAAGGUGGCGAACUGACCUCCUCGACGAGGAAAGAACGCCUCUUCGUCCAAAGAAGCUUCCCUCUUGCAUCAUCUCUUGGCCAGUCCAGCGUUUGGUCCAAGGCCCUUCUAGACCUCAACCAAGCUCGGCUUGCUGCACCUUACAUGCCUUCCCGCGAACAGGGCAUCCUCCCUCCUCGCCGUCCGUUCCUCUCGACAAACCCCGAUCGGCCAGCCAACGGCUCAAUGCGAACCUGCCUACCUAUGUCACGGGCUUGGUCUCUUCCCCUCCUCGACAUCGUCGAAACUGAUGAUGCGCCCCUACGCCCCUCUUCCAAGCACAGCCAUCUGUCUGGCCAUAUCUGCA